UGCUGUCCGCGGCAGCCGGAACGUUUCUGCCAGGCUGCAGCGCUCUGCGGAAGAGCUUCAGCGGCGCGCUUCUAGGCGGGCGGCGCUUCCGGCGGAGAGUCGUUCGCGUCGGGCCGAGUGCUGAAUAAUACACACUUUUUAAAAUAUGGAUGAAGAACCAGAAAGAACUAAGCGAUGGGAAGGAGGCUAUGAGAGAACUUGGGAAAUUCUUAAAGAAGAUGAAUCUGGCUCACUUAAAGCUACAAUAGAAGACAUUCUUUUCAAGGCAAAGAGAAAAAGAGUAUUUGAACACCAUGGACAAGUUCGACUUGGAAUGAUGCGCCACCUUUAUGUGGUGAUAGAUGGAUCGCGGACAAUGGAGGACCAAGAUUUAAAGCCUAAUAGACUGACAUGUACAUUAAAGUUGUUGGAGUACUUUGUAGAAGAGUAUUUUGAUCAAAAUCCUAUCAGUCAGAUUGGAAUAAUUGUAACUAAGAGUAAAAGAGCUGAAAAACUGACUGAACUCUCAGGAAACCCAAGGAAACACAUAACAUCUUUGAAGAAAGCUAUUGAUAUGACCUGUCAUGGAGAACCAUCUCUUUAUAAUUCCUUAAGCAUGGCCAUGCAGACUCUAAAACACAUGCCUGGACACACAAGCAGAGAAGUCCUCAUCAUCUUUAGCAGUCUUACAACUUGUGAUCCAUCGAAUAUAUAUGAUCUGAUUAAGACCCUGAAAGCAGCUAAAAUCAGAGUGUCCGUCAUUGGGCUGUCGGCAGAGGUUCGGGUUUGCACUGCACUUGCUCGGGAAACUGGAGGCACGUACCAUGUGAUUUUAGAUGAAAGCCACUACAAAGAAUUGCUAACGCAUCAUGUUAGUCCUCCUCCUGCUAGCUCAAGUUCUGAAUGCUCACUUAUUCGUAUGGGAUUUCCUCAGCAUACCAUUGCUGCUUUGUCUGAUCAAGAUGCAAAACCUUCUUUCAGCAUGGCGCACCUGGAUAGCAGUUCUGAACCAGGACUUACAUUAGGAGGCUAUUUCUGCCCACAGUGUCGGGCAAAGUACUGUGAGCUUCCUGUUGAAUGUAAAAUAUGUGGUCUUACUUUGGUCUCAGCUCCCCACUUGGCGCGGUCGUAUCAUCAUUUAUUUCCCUUGGAUGCUUUUCAAGAAAUUCCCCUAGAAGAAUAUAAAGGGGAAAGAUUUUGUUAUGGAUGUCAGGGGCAACUGAAGGACCAACAUGUCUAUGUUUGCACUGUGUGCCAGAAUGUAUUUUGUGUGGACUGUGAUGUUUUUGUUCAUGACUCUCUCCACUGUUGUCCUGGCUGCAUUCAUAAGAUUCCAAUUCCUUCAGGUAUUUGAUUCCAGUAUGAGUACACAUAAUGUGUCAAAAAGAAAUUUGUGUUGGGCACACCCAUUAUCCCAGCACUCAGGAGGUUGAGGCAGCAUGAUCAUUGAGUUUGAGGCCAGCCAGGGUUAUAUAGCAAGUUCAAGGCCACCAUGAACUACAUAACAAGACUCUGUCUCAAAAAAAAAAGAAAAUAUUUGAAACUAUAAGAUGAUUCUUUAGAAAAAGCUCCAACUAAAACGUGAAGAACAGUUUAAGAGAAAAAUCUGAUAUAAGAAACUUUUUUGUGGCUGGGUGUGUUGGCACACACCUGUAAUCCCAGCACUUGGGAAGCUGAGGCAGGAAGAUAGCUGUGAGUUUGAGGCCACCCUGAGCUGCAUAGUGAACUCAAGGCCAGCCUGAACUACACAGCAAGAACAAAAAAAAAAAAAAAAAAAAAACUUUUUUUCACAAAACUAUUAAGUUUUUGUUUCUUGUCACAAAAGGCCUAGAAUUCAUUAGUAUUUUAUUCAACGAAUUUUGUAUUAUUUAGAGUCAUGUGUUCAAAGUCCUUGUGCAUUACUAUGUGCAAAUUAUAAUUGAAGUACAUUAAAUAUUUGUGAUUUAAUUCAUUAAUUUAGUGUAAGAAGACAUUAAGAACACAUUGUAAGAGGUGGGAGUUAAGCUCAGAGGUGUAGGUUUCUGCUCAGCAAGGGUAAAAUGGUGAGUUUGAUUCCUGGUACCAAAACAACUAAACAGACAAACCAAAAACACAUUGUAAGAUGGAAAUUAUAUAAUAAUUAUGAAAUGUUAACACAUAUGAAAUAAUGCACUGCUGCAUCCUCCAGAGUGUUCUGUUUGGACUUAAAAUAUUUGGAGUUCAAUUAUAAAAUCUGAAGUGAAGUUCUCUGGCUGUGACCAACAGGAGGCUUUUAGGUUUAACACACCAACUCACAAGCCCACACAGCCUGGAGCAGGGCCACAUCCCAUACCCUCCGUGGGGUCUGGACACAGCUUUGCAGGCAGGGGUCUCUUAACUGCGAGGCUGGCAUCUUCCCUCUACGAAGUCACAGGGCUUCCAUGCUUAAACAACAGUGGAAUUCCAAUGCUGUGGGAAAAGGUUUUGGCGUCUUUUAUGCGCUACACUGAUUGCUUUUAAAAUACCAUACAGAAUGCAGGAUGUUGGAUGCCACCAUUUUGGUUGGUUGUUACCUGAGUCUUGCUUGUGUAGUUCAGGCAAAUGAAACCAAAGUUGAGAUAUUUUCCUCUUUGAACCUCACUGAGUGUUUAAUUAUUGUCUUCCAUUAUUCUGCGCUGGGUCACUAGGGAAAUCUGGCUGAGAAGAUCUGUUUUUUUGUUUUUGUUUUGGUACCGGAGCUCGAACUUAUGAUCAGGCACUUGCAAAGCAGAUGCCUAUGCCGCUGAGUUAAAACCCUAGCUCCCAAAAUCUGUUUUUAGGUCCAGUGCAGCUGUAUUGUUGGUAGAACUCUUCAAGAUGUGCCCUGUUGAGAGUGAAUAAAGCUUCCAUUCCAUAACAAA